AUGGCUGGCAUCAAGGAGCUUCCAAGCCAUGCUGAUCUCAAGCCGUUCAAUCAUGCUGCAGCAGGACAUGAGGGUACCCUCAGUGAUCCUGACGGGAUGCUCUUUAUUAAACCCUGUACCCAGCAGGAAAUUGACUUCUAUGAAAAGGCUCGGGAACAUCCAGACUUUGCCGAAUUAAUGCCCGAGUACCUAGGCACUCUUUCGCUCAACCCUACUGGCCUAGCUGAUGACUUGGAGAAGCAAGUCACCAACGAGAUUACCCAGCAAGCGGCAGCCGGACCCUCAACAACCUCUGGUGGAAGUACCUGGCAGCCGAACAAAAACCGCAAGCUCGUCACUGACAAAUCGGUUGUUUUGGAAAACACAACAUACGGGUACAAGAAGCCAAACAUCUUAGAUGCUAAGCUCGGCAUCCGGUUGUGGGCAGACGAUGCGCCACUAGAAAAGCGGCAGCGUUUUGACGAAAUCUCACGCACUACUACCAGCGGGUCGCAUGGCUUCCGGAUUGCAGGCAUGCGCGUGUAUAAGGGAUCUGACGAUCCUGCUGACCUCGAUGAUGAAGGCUUCAAGGUCUACGACAAAAACUUUGGAAGGUUCGAGGUCAAUGGCGAGAAUCUGGUAGACGCAUUCAGGAAGUUUAUUUUCAAUCCAAGAGCCGGCAUUGAUGAGGAUCUCGGGAAGGCCGUUGCGGAAGCUUUUCUCGUUGACCUAAAGAAAGUGGAGAAAGUUCUCUCUGCCAAUGAGACCCGCAUGUAUUCUGCCAGCCUUCUCUUCACCUUUGAAGGUGAUGGCGAGGCUCUCCGCUCCGCGAUCGAAAAGGCUAACGAAGAGCACGACGCUCUCGAGAAAGUGGAGAGCAACAAGGACGUUGAUACCGAUGGAUCUGAAAAGACCGAUGGUGCCGUUGCGUCUUCCGACGCUGAAUCCUCUGUGAAGGGAAAGUUACCCGAUGUCUCUGGACCUAUCGAGGGAGAUCUCAAAGUCAUCGAGAUGACGGGGUCUAAAUUACCCGAUGACGACGAUGACGAAGAUGUGGAGAUGACCGACGUGCCAAAGAUCUACUCACUGAAGUUAAUUGACUUUGCGCAUGCGGAAUGGGUGCCUGGCCAAGGUCCAGAUGAGAAUAACCUCUUUGGCAUCCGGAAUCUGAUUAAGAUCUUCGAGGAGCUUGUCAAAUGA